AUGCUUUUCCGCAGUCGCUUCUUGCUGGGGCUGGCCCUGGCGGGGCUGCUGGCCUUUGUGAGCCUCAGCCUGCAGUUCUUCCACCUGACCCCCGUGUCCACAGCUAAGAAUGGAGUGAGUAGCAAGAGUCGAAAGAGAGUCAUGCCUGAGCCAGUGACAGAGCCCCCCGUGACGGACCCCAUUUACGAAGCUCUCUUGUACUGCAACAUUCCCAGCGUGGCUGAGCGCAGCAUGGAAGGUCACGCCCCGCAUCAUUUUAAGCUGGUCUCAGUGCAUGUGUUCAUUCGACACGGGGACAGGUACCCACUGUAUGUCAUUCCCAAAACGAAGCGACCAGAAAUUGACUGCACUCUGGUGGCUAACAGGAAACCGUAUCACCCUAAACUGGAAGCUUUCGUUAGUCACAUGUCGAAAGGAUCCGGAGCCUCUUUCGAAAGCCCCUUACACUCCCUGCCUCUUUACCCCAAUCACCCACUGUGUGAGAUGGGAGAGCUCACGCAGACAGGAGUCGUGCAGCAUUUGCAGAAUGGCCAGCUGCUGAGGGACAUCUAUCUAAAGAAACACAAACUCCUACCGAGUGACUGGUCCACAGACCAGCUUUACUUGGAGACCACUGGGAAAAGCCGAACCCUACAAAGUGGGCUGGCCUUGCUUUAUGGCUUUCUCCCCGAUUUUGACUGGAAGAAGAUUCAUUUUAGGCACCAGCCGAGCGCUCUGUUCUGCUCUGGAAACUGCUAUUGCCCCGUGAGAAACCAGUAUCUGGAAAAGGAGCAGCGUCGGCAGUACCUCUUACGUUUGAAAAACAGCCAGCUGGAGAGGACCUACGAGGACAUGGCCAGGAUCGUGGACAUCCCCACCAAGCAGCUUCGAGCUGCCAACCCCAUAGACUCCAUGCUCUGCCGCUUCUGCCACAACGUCAGCUUCCCAUGCACUAGGAAUGGUUGUAUUGACAUGGAGCACUUCAAGGUGAUCAAGACACAUCAGAUAGAAGACGAGAGAGAGAGGCGGGAGAAGAAGCUUUAUCUGAGCUAUGCGCUCCUGGGCGCCCACCCCAUCCUCAACCAGACCAUCAGCCGGAUGCAGCGCGCCGCGAAGGGCAGGAGAGAGGAGGUCUUUGCCCUCUACUCUGCUCACGAUGUCACUCUGUCACCAGUUCUCAGUGCCUUGGGCCUUAUGGAAGCCAGAUUCCCAAGGUUUGCAGCCAGGUUGAUCUUGGAGCUCUGGCAAGACAGAGAAAAGCCCAGUGAGCAUUCUGUCCGGAUUCUUUAUAAUGGCGUCGAUGUCACAUUCCACACCUCUUUUUGCCAGGACCACCACAAGUAUUCUUCCAAGCCUAUGUGCCCCCUCGAAAACUUAGUCCGAUUUGUCAAAAGGGACAUGUUUGUGGCCCUGGGGAGUAGCAGUAGUACCAAUUAUUAUGAUGCAUGUCACAGGGAAGGAUUCUAA